CGGCGCAGGAGCGUUCAUAACGUUCAGACUUCUGGUCCACGCGGUGGACGAGAACGAGGCGCUGAGGAGUCGCGCCAGAGCCGGACGGACGACUCUGUGUGUGUGUGUGUGUGUGUGUGUGUGUGUGUGUGUGUGUGUGUGUGUGUGUGAGUGUGUGUGUGAGUGAUUAUGGCACCUAAGCCGUCUUCAGGUGAACUAUGGGGUCUACACCUGAUGCCCCCCCGUAUUCUGGUGGACUGCUGUUUACCUAACGGCAUGCUGGUCAGUCUGGAGUGUUUACGUGAAGCUCCGCUCAUCAGCGUCAAACAGCAGCUGUUCACAGAGGCUCGGAAAUACCCCCUCUUCCACCUACUGCAGGAGGAGUCGUGCUACAUCUUUGUGGGCGUGACCCAGGAGGCGGAGAGGGAGGAGUUUUAUGAUGAAACACGGCGACUGUGUGACCUUCGACUAUUCCACCCAAUCCUGAAGGUCAUCGAACCGCUCGGCAACCGCGAGGAGAAAAUCCUGAACCGUGAGAUCGGCUUCGCUAUAGGCAUGCCGAUCUGUGAGUUCGAGGUGGUGAAGGACCCGGAGGUGCAGGACUUCAGGAGGAGCAUCCUGGGUGUGUGCAGGGAGGCGAUGGAGGAGCGUGAGAGCGGGGGGCCACACUCACACGCGCUCUACGUUUACCCCCCCAGCGUGGAGUCGUCCCCCCAACUGCCACGUCACAUCUUAGAAAAACUCGACAAAGGUCGCCUGAUCGUGACUAUCUGGGUGGUGGUGUCUCCGUCUAACGCCAAGCAGAAGUACACCCUGAAGAUCGCCCACGACUGCGUCCCGGAGCAGCUCAUCGCCGAGGCCAUCAGGAAGAAGACGCGCAGCAUGCACCUGUCCGCGCAGCAGCUGCGCCUGUGUGUGCAGGAGUACCAGGGCCAGUACAUCCUGAAAGUGUGCGGCUGUGACGAGUACCUGCUGGAGAAGUACCCGCUCAGCCAGUACAAGUACAUCCGCAGCUGUAUCAUCGUGGGAAAGUUACCUCACCUCAUGCUGGUCAGUAAGGACAGCGUGUUUGACCAGCUGCCCUGCAGCGGCUUCGUGACGCCGUCGUACAGCCGCCGCACCCCCCAGCCCAGCCCCAGCCCUGGAGGGGUGGACGUCGCCAACCAGCGCUCUCUCUGGGCCGUUAACGCCCACGCGCCGCUCCGGGUCAGGCUGCUGUGCGCCACCUACGUCAACGUCAACAUCCGGGACAUCGACAAGAUCUACGUGAGGACUGGUAUAUACCACGGUGGAGAGCCUUUAUGUGACAACGUCAACACACAGAGGGUGCCGUGUUCCAAUCCCAGAUGGAACGAGUGGUUAACGUACGACAUCGCCCUGACGGAUCUCCCGCGAGCCGCCCGCCUCUGCCUCUCCAUCUGCUCCGUCAAGGGGCGCAAAGGGGCGAAAGAGGAGCACUGUCCGUUAGCCUGGGGGAACGUGAACCUGUUUGAUUACAGGGACACGCUGGUCAGCGGUAAAGUGGCUCUGAGUCUUUGGCCGGUUCCACAUGGACUAGAGGAUCUACUCAAUCCCAUCGGGGUGGCAGGAUCCAACCCCAACAAGGAGACUCCGUGUGUGGAGCUGGAGUUCACCUCCUUCAACCACACCGUGGUGUUUCCUGAAGAGCAGCAGAUCGAGGAGCACGCCAACUGGAUCAUCUCCAGGGAGCUGGGAUACAACUACUCACUCAGCCUGAGUAACCGCUUGGUGUGUGACAGCACCAUCUCUCCCGUGGAAAUCGAGCAGCUGCGCUCUCUGUGUAAUCGAGAUCCUCUGUAUGAGCUCUCAGAGCAGGACAAGGACUUUCUGUGGAGGCACCGGCAUUACUGUGUAAACAUUCCCGAGUGCCUCCCCAAACUACUGCUGGCCGUCAAAUGGAACUCACGGGACGAGGUGUCGCAGAUGUACUGCCUGUUGCGUGAUUGGCCCCUCAUGCAGCCCGAGUCGGCCCUGGAGCUGCUGGACUGUAAUUUCCCCGACCCGAUGGUGAGAGAGUUCGCUCUGCGCUGCCUCAUGCAGGGACUCACGGACGACAAGAUCAGUCAGUACCUGCUGCAGCUCGUCCAGGUGUUGAAGUACGAGAUGUACCUGGACAAUCCUCUGGCCCGGUUCCUGGUGAAGAAAGCUCUGACCAAUCAGAGGAUCGGACACUUCUUCUUCUGGCACCUGAAGUCGGAGAUGCACAAUAAGACGGUGUCGAGGAGGUUCGGGUUGCUGUUGGAGGCGUUCUGCAGGUCGUGUGGGAUUUACCUGAAGCACCUGAACAGACAGGUGGAGGCCAUGGACAAGCUGGUGAACCUCACCGACACCCUCAAACACGAGAAGAAGGACGAGACACAGAAGACGCAGAUGAAGUUCCUGGUGGAGCACAUGUCCCGCCCCGAUUACAUGGAGGCUCUGCAGGGGUUCGUCUCCCCUCUGAACCCCGUGCACCAGCUGGGUAACCUCAGGCUGGAGGAGUGCAGGAUCAUGUCGUCAGCGAAGCGCCCCCUCUGGCUGAACUGGGAGAAUCCCGACAUCAUGAGUGAGCUGCUCUUCACCAACAACGAGAUCAUCUUCAAAAACGGAGACGAUCUGAGGCAGGACAUGCUGACGCUGCAGAUCAUCAAAAUCAUGGAGAGCAUCUGGCAGAACCAGGGACUCGAUCUGCGGAUGUUACCGUACGGCUGCCUCUCCAUCGGCGACUGUGUGGGUUUGAUCGAGGUGGUCAGGAACUCCUUCACCAUCAUGCAGAUCCAGUGCAAAGGGGGACUGAAGGGGGCGCUGCAGUUCAACAGCAACACCCUGCACCACUGGAUCAAAGAGAAAAACAAGGGCGAGGGCUAUGACCGAGCGAUCGAUCUGUUCACGCGUUCCUGUGCUGGUUACUGCGUAGCCACGUUUAUACUCGGGAUCGGCGACCGACACAACAGCAACAUCAUGGUGAAGGAGAACGGACAGCUGUUCCACAUAGAUUUCGGACAUUUCCUGGACCAUAAGAAGAAGAAGUUCGGUUAUAAGCGUGAGCGUGUGCCCUUCGUCCUCACUCAGGACUUCCUCAUCGUCAUCAGUAAGGGAGUGCAGGAGUGCACGAAGACCAAGGAGUUCGAGAGGUUCCAGGAGAUGUGUUAUAAAGCCUACCUGUCGAUCCGCCAGCACGCCGGGCUCUUCAUUAACCUGUUCUCCCUGCUGCUGGGCUGCGGGAUGCCCGAGCUGCAGAGCUUCGACGACAUCGCCUACCUGAGGAAGACGCUGGCGCUGGAGAAGAACCAGCAGGAGGCGCUGGAGUACUUCACCAAGCAGAUGAACGACGCCCACCACGGCGGCUGGACCACCAAGAUGGACUGGAUCUUCCACACCAUCCGGCACAUGCCCAACGAGCACUGACACACACACACACACACACACACACACACACACUGGAAACCACUGGAGCAGGUAAAUAGGUAACUGCAAAGACUCAUGGGAAAUACAGACCUGCAAAGUGGUGCACAUAUUUAUGCAUGCAAGCACACACACACACACACACACACACACACACUAAAUAGGAGAAGUGAAACAUCCUAAAAUUCUGAGUUUAAAUCUGCACUAUCGGUCCUGAUCCUCCUCAGGGUUAUCACAAAGGUCAGAGGUCAGAGCUUGGUGCCAUAAUACAGGAGGACUUGCCUCCAGCAGGCGUGCACAUCCCAUAAUGCCCUGCAACCCUAAAACUUGAGUAGCGUAGUGAUGAAGAUGAGUGAUUCCAGUCUUCCUCGCUGUUGUGAUGACAGUAAUGCACUGCUGAUGUUUUUAUUACUGAUUCUGAUCGGUGUGAAUGAGCUUCGGAACCAGCCGCACUGUGAGAGCAAUCGGACCGUCCAAUCACGGGCGGCCGAUCGGACCGGCCAAUCACGAGCGGCCAAUCGGAAACCUGCGUCUAACAAUCGAUCGUACCCUUCCAUUCCUAAAUCAGUGACCCGCUCUAGAUCUUUACGUCUCGUGUUUAAUUAGAGCCGCUAAAGAACCAAACAAUCUGACCAUGCGACUAACAAUCAGAUUUCAUGUUAGAAAGAACCACUCCCAGCAACAGUCCCAUCAACUCUACCUCUCAGUGUCUGCAAAACAUUUAAGCACAAUUUCAUAAGAGCAGAAGUGAUUCGUCCAUGAAUCUGCGUCACAUUUACAUUUCUGACUUUGUACCUAUUUAUAAGCAUAAACAAACACACUAGAGGGACUAAAGUAUCUGGACCCCUGAGCAUGAGCUUGUUGAGCAGCCGGUUCCAAACCUGUAAGCAUUUAUAUUUAAUAACAUCAUCCAUUGAUCCUGGAAGCCUCUCUACGGGACUUUCCACUUUGUGUCUGUGGGAAUUUGUGCCUAUUCAGUCAACAAAAGCUCGCUUUGUGCUCAGGGGCGUGAUCAUAAUCAUUCUGAAGAAAAACGGGACUUCCCUAAACUGUUCCCACAGUGUUAAAAGCACAUCAGUUACCUUAGAUCAUUUUUAUACACCUGUUAGCAGCGGAUGUAGCAGAAACUACUCAAUUCGAUCAUUCGUAGGGGCGUCCACAUACUUUUGGCCACGCACUGUGAUCUUUAUGGGAGGUUAGAUUGCUGCUUAGAUGUGUAGGAUGGUGUGGUGUCCAUAUCUGAUGAUGUUUUAUGUUUGAUGGGUGUUUAUUAGUGCAUUGUUUAUGAUGCAUGUAGGUUUGACGUGUUAAACAGCAGCUUCUUUGUUUACGUGUACUAACUAGAGAAAUCUAACAUUUACUGCUGAUUCUUUUGCAGCUUUAUUUGUAUAUAUUAAAUUCUCCUGUGCACUGUGGCGUUUGUACGAGAGCCUCGGCAGGCAGGGAGGAGCACGCUGCGCUCUCCGUGUUCCUCCACCACACUAGGGGGCACUGUUGCAGCUGCAAGGCCGUAUUAGCUACGUCCAGCUGCUCCUCGCUCAGACAUAGACGUGGUCUGUUGGGUAGCAAAAUGAACACUUUACAUUUUAUUAUCAUCAACCGCUUUGUCCUGGUCAGGGUCACAGUGGGUCUGAUUUAUUACCCCAUUCAUGUCACCAGUCAAGGACAUGUGGGAGGGAACACAGGGAGAACAUGCAAACACCUGCCGGGGAAUCGAACCCAGGACCUUCUUGCUGUUCAGCCACUGUGACGGCAUGAUGUAGGAAUUUUUUACAAUGUCCUGCUGUUUAAUAUUAACACACAAAAAUAAAUAAAUAAAUAAAUAAAUAAAUAAUCAUACUUAUACCCCCCCAAAAAAACAACACUAAUAAAUUCAAACUAGAAAAUAAAAUGAAAAAUAUAUAAAAAAGAAAAGUCAGGUAAAACAUCUCACAUAUCUCUGGAUCUGACACAUUACAGUUUUUAUUUUAAUCUUUUCAUAUUUAAAUUAUACUUUUUAAAUCCUUAACCAUCAUUCUGACGUCAGUGAAUCUCCAUAUCUUCACCCCGACUACAAUUACAAACAUGAAUCUAUAAUUAAAUAAAUAAAUAAUUUCAGCUCUUCAGUCCUGAUGCGUUUUCCAGCAGCUCGUUUUGCACAGCGUCUGUUUGUGUGUGAUUAAUAAAAAGCAAUAACGAUUAUAAAUGUGGGAUUGUUACGUGAGUUUGUGAUGUGGGUUUGUGAUGUCUGUGAUCGCUGCACUGUUUUAUUUUAUUCAACUCUGUUCCUUGUGAGGACGUCUGUGGUGUUUUAUUAAAUAAACUUUUUUAACUGGA